UGCAUGUUCGGAAGCAGCUUGCAGUGUUUUGGGGAAAAGCAGAAAAAAAAGCCUGUGGAGUUAGCUGGCUGCGCGUGGUUUUUUUUUUCUUUUUAAUUUUUUAAUUCAUCCCAAAAAGCGCCAAAUGAACGAAGAGGCUAAAUACCUACGCUGGAAAAGAUUGUAUUAUUUUUUUUAUUUAUAUAUUUAUUUAUUUUUUUGGCCAAGCCACACACUGGUGCAUUGAGUGAGCUGUGAGGUCUGCUCUCUCUCUCUGUCUCUCUCUCUCUGUGUCUCUCUCUCUCUGCAUUGAAGGGAAGGGAGAAAAAAAGGACGGAAUAAAAAAAGGGCUCGAAUAAAAUGCGGCGCUGAUCUUGAAUGAAAACGGUCGGAACCCCCUCACGAGUCCCUGCGCUCAUUUCCUGGUGGAUUCCUUUCUUUACUUUCUUUCAAUUUUUUUCUUUCAUCUUUUUCUUUUUUUACAUCGCGCGUGCAUUCUCCCUUUUCGUGCGCGUGUCUUGAUUUUUUGAAGUGGUCAUGCCUUUUGUCUUUUUAUUCGGAAACGUUGCGCGGAGCCAUUUCACGAUGAGGCUUGACUAACACACACACACACACACACACACUUACACACAUGCACACACACACACACAGAGCGGAGUUUAAAAAUGAGGAAGCAUUUUUUAAAAGAUACUGAAAAGAUCCAGGCCUCGUCGUCAGUAGGGCCCGGUUUGCCUGAGAAAAGGAGGAAAGGAAUAAUAACCGAAUAAAAAAAAAGGGAGGAAAAAAAAGAUGGACCACGCGUACGGGCGAACACGGACAGCACCAACGACGGCGGUGUGUGUGUGUGCGCGCGCGCGAGCGAGUUUCCCAUCGAGCCGAACAAAAUGAAGCACUUCGACUCUUGAGCGUCGGUUAUUUGUGUUUCAAGAAAAAAAAAACAAUAAUAAUAUUAUUAAUAAACCCCGUUACGGGUUUUUUUGUGUUGCAAGACGCCAUUUCAUGAGUUUUCUUUUAAUGAUCUUUUUUUCUUUAAUUUAAUCUUUUUUUGAUCCGGAUCCAGCGUUCAUAUUGUUCAAUGGAAGUAUGUUAUCAGUUACCGGUGUUGCCUCUGGACAGGCCGGUUCCCAAGCACGUGCUGAGCCGGAGAGGAGCGAUCAGCUUCAGCUCUAGCUCCUCUCUGUUCGGUGCUCCGGACCCGCGGCAGCUGGCGCAGCGACGCGGCGCAAUCUCCUACGACAGUUCUGAUCAAACUGCUCUGUAUAUUCGUAUGCUAGGGGCUUGUGUAAUAUUCAAACAGCUGUUUUCAAGAGAUGUGAGAGUGAGGAGCCAGGCAGGAUUUGAACCCGAACGAAGAGGCUCGCACCCGUACCUGGGUGUUGAUUUCCGCACCUUACACUCCCGUGCCGAGUCAGCGGGAUCGAUUCCAGCGCGGAGGAUCCGCAGGCUGUUCAGUUUCCAGCGUCACCUCCUGUCAUCCCGGUUACUGCGGGGAGCUCCGCACCUGAACCCCCUGCACAUCCUGGAUGAAGAUUAUUGCGGACAAGCCAGGUGUAUGUUGGAAAAGGUUGGAAGCUGGAAUUUUGACAUUUUCCUCUUCGACAGGCUGACAAACGGAAACAGCCUCAUCUACUUGACCUUAUAUCUGCUAAAUCAUUAUGGCUUAAUUGAGCUCUUCCAGUUAGACAUGGUUAAAGUACGACGCUUUUUAGUACUGGUUCAGGAAGAUUACCACAAUCACAACCCAUACCAUAACUCGGUCCAUGCUGCUGAUGUGACCCAGGCCAUGCACUGUUACCUGAAGGAGCCCAAGCUUGCCAAGUCCCUCACUUCCUGUGAUAUCCUCUUGGGCCUGCUGGCAGCAGCCACUCAUGAUUUGGACCACCCCGGGGUCAAUCAGCCUUUCCUCAUUAAAACCAACCAUUACCUAGCCUCUUUGUACAGGAAUACCUCAGUUCUGGAGAACCAUCACUGGAGGUCAGCAGUGGGUUUGCUACGAGAGACCAAGCUCUUCUCCCAUCUUCCCGCAGAGGACAGUGUGAACAUGGAGAGGCAGUUGGGCUCUCUGAUUCUGGCCACAGAUAUCAGCAGGCAGAACGAAUACCUGUCCAGGUUCAGGAAGCACCUAGACCAGGAGGAGCUGUGUCUGGGAAAUGCCUCACACCGCCACUUCAUCCUGCAGAUGGCCCUGAAGUGUGCAGAUAUCUGUAACCCAUGUAGGCCUUGGGAACUCAGCAAGCAGUGGAGUGAAAAGGUGACUGAAGAAUUCUUCCACCAAGGAGACAUCGAGAAAAAGCACAAACUUGAAGUGAGCCCACUGUGCGACAGCGACACGAACUCUAUAGCAGAUGUUCAAAUCGGUUUCAUGACGUACGUGGUGGAGCCGCUGUUUGCAGAGUGGGCUCGUUUCUCGGACACACGUCUCUCUCAGACCAUGCUGGGUCACCUGUGCCUGAACAAAGCCAGCUGGAAGGCCCUGCAGCCCGAGGAGGCCGAGUUCGAGCAGGAAAGCGGCUCCAGAGCCUUACCUCAGGGAAGCGUCGAGUCCUGACACUGCCUCGCCCCGCCUCGCCCUGCCCUCAAGCUUCAAUCACUUCUGAUUUUGCUCACCUCCCAUCUCAAACCAACCACUGAUUUAUUUAAUUUAUUUAAUUUUAACACCCUUUUAUUUUUCCCUUUUGACAUAGAGCAAUACAUGGAUACCUCAUUCAGCUCCUGCUGCGAUUUUCAUUCUUACACCUUUUUUUUUUUUUUUUUAAAUGUCAUUUUAUUUAUUGAAAAUAAUUUUUUUUGGAAUAUAUUUGGUUUUGUUUUCAUCCGGGGGGGGACAUCGCUAAUCGAACUCGACCGGGGGUCUGGGGAACGCCGAACGCGACGGAUCCCUUCUGCUGGGUCAAAAGUGCCAUUUUUCCCACCCCUUAUGGAAUUGCUCAAACACCAAGAGUAUUCACGAGACAAGUUUUUAAACGACUGCGCCAAGAGACGGUGUGCGAGUGUGUUUGUGUGUGUGCACGAGUGUGUAGGUGUGUGUGUGUGUGUGUCGGUGCAUUUUGCAAACGAAUCUUCCUUCUUGUGUACAAAACUGAAAGAGAAAAAAAGACAAAUGUGAAGAGCCCAGUCAUUUGCUGCCUCUAUGAAGACUGUUUACAGAUUGUCUUUUUUUUUGUUGUCAUUGUUAUAAAUGAAUCAUGUUGGUUCUGUGUUUUUUUUCUCUCCUUUCCUUUUUGCCUUUAAGCACAGAUGUGAAGAACCACUUUUACAUGUUUUGAGCUGUUAUGUUACUGCUGAUGUUCUGAACAAAAAAAAAGAAGAAAAAGGAAAAAACAACCAAGGGACUGCACUCGAGUCGGUCUGAAACGCCAGAUGCCAUACAAGCGCCAUCUUGUGCUCCGUUGUGAAAUUUUCUCCCUGCACUCCAGAUUCUGGUGCCACAUGAUUCGGACACGCAGCUGCUUCUGCUGUGAAUGGACCAGGGACCGGUUUCCUCCCUUUCCCUUUUGCUCUCCUCCCCAUGAUCCUCCCUUUUUCCUCCAUCAUUCCACACACUCGUUCUCCCUUUCCCCUCCACCACUCCACACAACUCGUCCUCAUGUCUCCUUCUUUUACUCAUCCUUCUAAUCCCCUCCCUUUCACCCCAUUAUUCUGCCCACUUAUCCUCCCUAUCCUAUGAUGGACCCCACCCACUACCUUCUUUCCCCUCUGCUGCCUCACCCUUAUUCCUCUAUCUCUCCACCCUCAGGCCCUCCCUUUCCCUUCAUCACUCUGCCCACUUAUCUUCCAUUUCCUUUUAAUGAACCCCACCCACUACCUUCUUUCCCCUCUGCUGCCUCACCCUUAUUCCUCUAUCUCUCCACCCUCAGGCCCUCCCUUUCCCUUCAUCACUCUGCCCACUUAUCUUCCAUUUCCUUUUAAUGAACCCCACCCACUACCUUUUUCCCUCUGCUGCCUCACCCUUAUUCCUCUAUCUCUCCACCCUCACGCCCUCCCUUUCCCUUCAUCACUCCACCCGCUUAUCUUCCCUUUUUUUUUAACGGACCCCACCCACUAUCUUCUUUCCCCUCUGCUGCCCUGCCUUUAUUUCUCUAUCUCUCCUUCCUCAUCAGUCCCCUUUCCCUUCAUCACUCCACCCACUCUAUCCUCUUGAGCCCUGGAUCGAGCCUGGUGCCACACAGGACAUGUAGCUGACUGGAAUCUCCACGGAUCUCGCUCAGGGUCUCGCAAACCUGCUCAUCAUGCCGCUGGAAGAAAAGAGGAAGCGAAAAGGUGCCUUUUAAAGGUAGCUGUCCCCUUCCCCGUCGUCUCGUCACGGCAGACGACAGACGUAGAUCUAGACUCCCUUACAGAAUUGCGUCUCGGCCACAGUCAAGCUCUCCAUCCAGAAGACUGCUUCAAAAUGAUGCCUUAAAACUAUGCACAAAGCUAAGUGACCAAACCAGCUUGGAAUUUCAUUAAAGCGCGUCAUCACGUCCGUUUGAUUCUCGUCCAGCCCUUUGCCUUCUGUCAUGGGAGAAUUAUUUUUUUUAAAUAUUAAUAUAUGGCAGAUAAAUUGAUUUAAUAAUUAGUUGUUGUUUUUUUUGUUUUAAUAUUGAACAUUCCAUUUUUUUAUUCUGUACAGAUGGUGCAGUUUUUUUUGUUCAUUUUUUGUUUUUUUUGCGCGUCUCUUCCAGAAAGAGAGCAGGUGCUUUUUUUUUCCCCCUCUUAUUUUAGCUGAUUUGUAUUUUUGUUGUAAGUGCUGUAAGACUGUUGAUUAAAAAACUGUUUACAAUUUGUUGUAACAGCCAUUUUGGGGAGAAGACUUAAGUGUCAAGCCAUUUUGUAAAGGCUUUGUCGUACAGACUUUUUGAUACAUGCUUGUUGCAGUUGCAUUUUUGAUGAAUAAAAAUUGUUGACCUGAUGUUUCAUGGUACAGAAUGACCAGAUUUGAGUCUGUUGGGUUUUCUUUUUCUUUUUCUUUUUCUUUCUGUAGGGGCGGUGGUAGCUCAAGUGGUUAAGGCUCUGGGUUGUUGACCGUAAGAUCAGGGUUUAAGCCCUAAACUGCUGCCGUUGGGCCCUUAAACAAGGCCCCCAGCCCAUCCUGCUCCAGGGGCACUGUAUUAUGGUUGACCCUGCGCUCUGACC